AGUUUGGCCAACUGGUAAAAGAAAAUACGGCAUUCACCAGCGGUGAUACCAUGCAUAAUUUGAGCGGAAUAUGGUGAAAUUACUCCAUGACUGUCUAUUUUGCUUGUCAUUCGAUUACAGAUAGAGAGAAGCGCUAAAGAACACCAUCAAUUGUUAGUUUUGAUAUUUAUCAUUAGUAAAAUAUAAUUUUUGGCGGUCUUAUGCUCCAACCAUUGAGCAUUUUUUAAUCCGAUUUGGUUUUUGAAGUUUAAUUCUCGAUUCGAAUAAAUCAUGGAAGUGUUGAGUGCACACUUGAAAAACAUUCGGGUACCAUGCGGAAACGAUAAUGUUUUUAAGGAUGAAUGCGUUUAUUCAUACGACACACCGGAAACACCAACGGGACUGUAUGUGAGUCUGUCAACAUUUCUCGGAUUUGGUCAAGAUUAUGUUGAUGGCUAUUACCAAAAGAGUGGAAACGCCGUAUUUUUGCACAUUUUUCGCGAAAAAAUCGAAAUACCUGCAACAAAUGAGCCACAAACAGAUGGCCCGGAAAAGAAAAUUACUCGCUUGGCGAUCGGUGUAGAAGGUGGUUUUGAUCCAAGCGAAAAUAAACGCAAAUACGAAUACAAAGACCACUUGAAUGUCGUCGUUUUUCCGAAUGCCGUCAAAAUUCCAUACCCAAAUAUUGAUUUGCCACUUUUGGUUAGCAAUGCGGUCGAAGCGAUUUUGGCGGCCGAAUCGAUUACAACAAAAUUGGAAAAAGAUGCAUUGACUGGCACCUGGGAUGGCGAAAAGCGUCAAGUGUCGCAAUAUGCGACUAAUUUGCAACAGUUGGACAAUGGAAAGAAAAUUCCGCCAUCUGGUUGGAAGUGUGAAAAAUGCGAUUUGACUAAUAAUUUAUGGUUGAAUCUGACGGACGGUUCAAUCCUUUGUGGUCGCCGAUUUUUCGAUGGAUCUGGUGGCAAUGAUCAUGCCAUUCAACAUUACAGCGAAUGCGGAUAUCCAUUGGCCGUUAAACUGGGAACAAUCACACCCGAUGGUAAGGGUGAUGUUUUCAGUUAUUCUGAAGAUGAUAUGGUGGAAAAUCCCAAUUUAAUUGAGCAUUUGGCGCAUUUCGGUAUCAAAACGAAUCAAUUGGAAAAGACUGACAAAUCAAUGAUUGAGCUGGAAUUGGACUUGAAUCAACGUAUCGGCGAAUGGAGCAUUUUAACCGAAAGUUCAAGCAAUUUAGAGCCAAUCUCUGGCCCCGGAUACACGGGCAUGAAAAAUCUUGGCAACUCCUGUUACAUGAACAGUGUUAUGCAAACAUUAUUCACAAUUCCGGAUUUCGUUGAGCGGUUCGUCACAAAAGCACCGCAAAUUUUCGACCGGUAUCCCAGUAAUCCGGCCAACGAUUUUGACAUUCAAUUUGCCAAGCUCGGUGUUGGCUUAUGGAGCGGCAAAUACAGUGGCGUUGCCGACAAUACAUUGGAUUCGGAUAGCACGGGCAUUUCACCGGUUAUGUUCAAAAAUCUCAUCGGAAAGAAUCAUAAAGAAUUCUCCAGUAAACAACAGCAGGAUGCUCAAGAAUUUCUGUUACAUGUGAUUAGCGAACUCGAAAAACACAGCCGCAACGAGUCAAAUCCAGCCGAUGCAUUGAAAUUUUCGGUGGAAGAUCGGGUUGAAUGUUGCGCCAGCGGCAAAGUUAAGUACACAAAACGUGAUGAAUACUGCCUUCCGUUGCAUAUUCCAUUGCAACUAGCCACGAAUGCUGCCGAGGUGCGUGAAUAUGAUCAAAAAGUGGCUGAGGCUGAAAGCCGUGGCCAAAAGAUUGAUCCAAAUUUGCAUGUUCGACCACGAAUCCCAUUGCAAUAUUGCCUCGAUCGAUUCGGUCAAACUGAAGUUGUUGAACAAUUUUACAGUACAGCCAUCAAUGGCCAAACAAAUGCUAAAAAAACCACUCGCCUGGCUACGAUGCCCGAUUACAUAAUUUUGCAUUUGAAAAAAUUCACAUUACGCGAAGACUGGACAUGUGUUAAGCUCGAUGUUGCUGUUGAAAUUCCCGACAUUUUGGAUUUGAGUGCAUUACGUUCGACGGGACUGCAAUCAAAUGAAGAGCUCUUGCCUGAAUUGGACAAAGAACCUCCACAGCCCGAAUUCGACGAAGGGUUUAUGGGUCAAUUGACCGAAAUGGGCUUUCCAAUUGAAGCCUGCAAACGUGCUUUGUUUUACACCAAAAACGCUGAAAUCGAAUUGGCCACACAAUGGCUCAUGGAGCACAUAUCUGACAGUGACUUUGGUGAUCCAUUUGUUCCACCCGGAACCGAUGUGUCGGGCGUCGCAUUUGUACCUGAUCCGUCUGGAUUGGAGAUGCUCAUGGGUAUGGGAUUCAAUAAAGUCCAAGCAACCAAAGCAUUGAAAGAAACAAACAACAACAUCGAACGGGCCGCCGAUUGGAUCUUCUCUCAUCAAAUGGAAAUUGACAAUUUGGAAGAAGGUGCUGCAGUUGAAGCUAGUAGCAACGCUCCUCCAGCUCCACAACAAUAUCGGGAUGGCGAUGGUCAAUACAAGUUGGUUGGGUUCAUUUCGCAUAUGGGCUCAUCAUCGCAGGUCGGUCAUUAUGUGUGUCACAUUUUAAAGAACGACAAAUGGGUCAUAUUCAAUGACAGUAAAGUUGCUAUCUCGCAAAAUCCACCAAAGGAAUUAGGCUAUUUGUACUUGUAUCAACGGCUUUAAGUCGAUCUGAUCGAAAAAAAAACAUAAACGAAAACAUCGGCCUCGCAUUCAACUCUUCUCUCAACAUUUGUUCUAACAACCUCAUCGAAUUAAGCAUUUAGUAAUUUUUUUUUUGAAUAAAAUUCACCUAAUUUGAAAAGAAGAAAAUAAUACAAUCACUUAAAAAUUCUCCUCGUCCAACGGGAGCCUAAGUUAUUCGAUAAUUUUUUCAUACAAUUUCAGUACAGUAUACUAAAUAAAAGAUAUUUGCGCAUAAAAA